AUGCAUUCUCGCUUCACGUUCCUGGCUCGCUCUCUCAAAUCCAACCACCGCCUCCACUCUCAAUCUCCUCCUCUUUCUCUCUCCACCUUUCUCUCUCAUCACCCCUUCUCUUCGUCAACCCCUUCCUCAACUCCCACCAACCCUAAAUCCUCAUUCCCCGAAACCCUGGAGGAUCUCCGACAUAGGCUCGCCGCCGAAUCGCCUUCUCUCUCCGACUUCGUUCGCCUCCAAUCGGAAAACGAGUACUCCGUCGAGGUGGGAACCAAGAAGAAGCCCCUUCCCAAGCCCAAAUGGAUGAAGGAAUCGAUCCCCGGAGGCGGCAAGUACACACAAAUCAAGAAGAAGUUGAGGGAAUUGAAUCUCCACACGGUGUGCGAAGAGGCUAAGUGCCCUAAUUUGGGGGAGUGUUGGUCUGGUGGUGAGACUGGGACCGCCACGGCGACGAUCAUGAUUCUCGGAGAUACCUGUACUAGAGGCUGCAGAUUCUGUAAUGUGAAGACCUCACGCACGCCACCUCCUCCUGACCCGAAUGAACCGUCAAACGUGGCUGAGGCAAUUGCAUCAUGGGGUUUAGAUUAUGUGGUGAUUACUAGUGUUGACCGUGAUGAUUUACCUGAUCAAGGAAGUGGUCAUUUUGCUGAGACAGUGCAGAAGUUGAAGACACUGAAGCCAGAUAUGCUCAUAGAAGCCCUGGUUCCUGAUUUUCGUGGAGACCCUGGCUGUGUAGAAAAAGUUGCAAAAUCUGGAUUAGAUGUUCUUGCUCAUAACAUUGAAACGGUUGAGGAGCUUCAAAGUGUAGUACGAGAUCACCGUGCUAAUUUUAAGCAAUCCAUGGAUGUUUUAGUGAUGGCCAAGGACUAUGCUCCUGCUGGUACACUUACCAAGACGUCAAUAAUGUUAGGUUGCGGUGAAACACCUGACCAAAUAGUGAGAACAAUGGAGAAGGUUAGAGCAGCAGGUGUUGAUGUGAUGACAUUUGGUCAGUACAUGAGGCCGUCAAAGCGCCACAUGCCAGUAUCUGAAUACAUAACCCCAGAGGCUUUUGAAAACUAUCAAAUCCUUGGCACAGAAAUGGGAUUUCGGUAUGUGGCAUCUGGCCCCAUGGUCCGGUCCUCAUACAAGGCGGGUGAAUUUUACAUUAAAUCCAUGAUAGAAUCAGAUCGUGCUGCAACUUCAUGA